CUGCUUCUUUAUCUUCAGGGAAUCGAGUCCAACCGACCCGCGGAAGCGCAGAGUGCAAUAAUUAGGCGAUAUUUCAUUGACUUGACUCAGAGUAUCUUAAUUCCGUUGGAGCAGUACGUUGCUUCAACCAUGCCGCUGAAGAAAAACAUGUCGCCUUGGCGAGAUCCACCAACGGUGCGAGAUUUCGAUGAGAAAGAAUUCAUGACUUUCAUUGAAAAUUCGAUGCCUCCUUUAACCACCGGGGUCAAAGGAUCUUGGACGAGUUUGUACAGCCGCAUUGCGAAUGGCUUGCCGCAGUGGGCAGACGUCAUGGGCAGCCGUCAAUUCUCUGCCGAUUCAGCGACGUCGAAAAUGUUUGGUGAUGAUGUGCCCUUUGAGGACCCGGAUAUCGUGCAGUGGGAGAGCAGCCUGUCAAAGCAGAUGCAGGAAGAAUUCAGUGUGAUUAAGUCAGAUUACUUGAUCUACCGGUAUGCUGACUCUCAGGUACCAAAGCAUCUAAGGGUAGUGGACUGCGAGAAGCUGCUUAACAUGAACAAGGCGGAUCGCGUUAAGUAUUUGACCUAUUUGUUUCGCAACGAGGUGUCAGACGAAAACCACAAGGCCAAGCAAAUCGAGAGACAGCAGGAAAUCAUCAAGCAUCGCGAGGAGUUGCGACGCAUGCGUGAAGAGACGAAGCACAUUUUUUACGGCAUCGGAGGCUGUUUCAUGAUGCGACGAAUCACCGACUCCUUGAUUAGCAGGGUAGAUGAGGCACGUUUGGGCAUCUCUGAGCCGUUCAACUCCAACAUCGUGUUUGAUAUGAAGCCUCUGACCGAGCUGAGCGUCAUUGAGUCGAGUUUGACAUGGCUACAGCUUAGAGAAAGCUACUUUUCGAACCGCUCGCACUGCUUCCCCUUCAACAUGCACUUCACCGAUUGUUGCAUGGACCACAUGUCUUGGCGUGACGCAUCGCGGUACUUCGUCGACGGGCUCGAUCGCUAUCUGGUAAACUACGCGUCUGACAGCUUCAUCGACAUGUUUCCAAAAGACAAGCUCAUCUAUCUCAGUCCAGAUUCUCGCAGCAUGCUGAUCGACCUACACCCAAACGACGUGGUUGUCAUAGGCGCUAUGGUCGACAAACCAUCCAGAUGCAACUGGUCGUUAGCCAGGGCCAAGCAGCUGGGUAUCAGGUCGGCUCGACUGCCCAUCGAUAAGUUCGUAAGGUGGGAAAGUGGCUCGAAAACGUUGACUUUAAACCAGUGUGUGAAUAUCCUGUUGGACGUGUCGCGAACGGGUGACUGGACGCAAGCGUUUAUCAAGAACGUGCCCCAGCGGAAGCUCACGUACAAAGAUCGACCAUUGUCUAAGCAAAUACGUGGCAGAAAAACGGAACGCUUGAACCUUCUCUUGUCACUGACCGAUCAGACUGACAGAAGCGAAUGA